ACAGGUCGCUGUGGGGUAAAAAGGCUAAAAAGCGGGGCUCAUUUGAAAUUGACAAAAAAAUACACAGCGGCCCUCUCUUGGGCGAUUGAUUGAUGGUAGAAGAAAGAGUGAGGAAGAAAGAUGGAAGCAAUAAGAAAGCAAGCCUCUAAACUCCGUGACCAAGUCGCCAAGCAGCAACAGGCUGUUCUCAAGCAGUUUACUUCUGGACUAGGUGAUUCAGAUAGUAUUGUAACCAGUGAAUUCGAAUUACAAGAACCUCAAAAGCUUGAGAAGCUUUACAUAUCUACUCGCGCUGGAAAGCAUUUGCAAAGAGACAUUAUCCGGGGCGUGGAAGGUUAUAUUGUUACUGGAUCUAAGCAACUGGAAAUAGAUAGCAAGUUGUCAGAAAGCAGCAGGAAAUAUGGUUCUGAAAAUACAUGUACCAGCAGCAGUACAUUAUCUAGAGCUGCAUUGAAUUAUAGCAUAGCUCGUGGUCAAAUAGAAAAAGAACGUGCAGAGUUACUGAAAAUUCUUGGUACACAGGUUGCAGAGCCAUUAAGAGAUAUGGUAGCAGGAGCUCCUUUGGAGAAUGCUCGGCAUCUUGCUCAAAGAUAUAAUAAGUUGAGACAGGAAACUGAAGCUCAGGCCAUAGAAGUUUCCAAACGCCAAGCAAAAUUAAGAGAAACAGAUGGCAAUCCUGAAAGUAUAUCAAAGCUAGAAGCUGCUGAAAGAAAGCUCCAAGAACUCAAAUCAAAUAUGGUUAUAUUGGGUAAAGAAGCCUCUACAGCAAUGUCUGAUGUGGAAGGUCAACAACAGAAGUUGACACUCCAGAGACUUAUAACUAUGGUUGAGGCAGAACAGAAUUAUCACAAGAAAGUUUCAAAUAUACUUAACCAGCUAGAGAUUGAGAUCUUAUCUGAACGUAAAAGAGUUGAUGAUAAUCAUCGUGCAGCAGCUAAUGCCAAACCUUCUCCAUCCUACGAUGGAUUAAGUGGUGUCUUAUUUCAUCAAAGAGAUGCUCGGUCAGCAGAUAGCAUGGAAUACUUUUUUGGAGAGGUCGUUCAUCCAUACCAGGCUGAGUCUGAUGUAGAAUUGACUUUGUCAUUCGGAGACUAUGUGGUUGUUCGAAAGGUGUCAAACAAUGGUUGGGCUGAAGGUGAAUGCCAGGGAAAAGCAGGCUGGUUCCCGUUUAGUUGCAUAGAGAGACGUGAGCAAGUUCUUGCAAGCAAGGUUGCUGUGGUGUAUUAAGUCUAGUAUUUGGUAUGUUUUUAUUUGAGGUACCCAAUAGCUUUUUAUCAGCAUUAAUCCCAGCUUUCUGUCUAUUGAAUUUGGAAAAACAGUCUUUCUGUUUUACUGUGUGUAGGACUCAAGUUGGUCAUUAGUGUAUUAUUUUAUAACUAAUAUUCUAAUACAGUGUACAUUUCUGUUC